UAAAAUAUGAUAAACACUGCCUUAAUUUCAUUGUUAUCAAACCAGUCAACUAAUCAUAUUGACUUAUAUCUGUUGCAGAUCUCGUCUUUAAUCCCCUCGAAACAUGCCAUGACAGGCCCGUCCUGAUCGGUGGAUCAUCAAAAUGAUGAAAACGACCGUGGUUCCAAAAGGCCUGGUGCCCAAACUGUUAGGACCCGUCGAUUUUUCGUCCCUGCUCGGUUGCGAGAUUUCUUCGGAUUUGCUCCUCAUUCCCAAAGAUGGCGACCAAGGCAUCAGAGCCCACAAAGUGGUUUUGGCCGCCUUCAGUCCAUUUCUAAAGGAGUGUCUCUUAGACGAACCCGUCUACCUCUGUGAUAAGAUCCUUCAAUUGCAUUUGCCUGAUUACUCACAUGCAGCAAUCACGGACUUCCUUAAAGUCUUAUACGGAUGUGAGGACAACGAGGAACAAGUUCUGAGUAGCUUAGAGGCUGUCGAGAGUCUUUGGCGACAAGAGGUACCUCUCGAACCUCGUCCCAAGCGAGGAUUUCCCACUAAGAAACGCGGGCGUCCACCUUCAUUAGAUCCUAAGGCCGAAAAACUUCGCAAGAAACAAGAAUCCGUCAGUUUGACAGCUAGCUCCUUCGUUUGCGUAAAAGUGGAAGAGGAUCAAGAACGAGAGAAGAAGGAAAGCAAUUCCAAUAGUGAGCAGGUCGAAAAUGCCACGCCUGAUGUGAAAGGCGAACCUAAGGACACCGCCAUAGACGACGAUAAUGAUCCAGAUUUCGACCCUAAAAAAGAUGAACACGUCCGAAGAAAAGACGACCGAGAGGACGUUGUUCAGGAAGACGAUGACGACGACGAGGAAAAUGACGGUGAGGAGGAAGACGACGAUGAUGAUGAUGAUGAAUACAGCGAUGACGACGAUGACGAAGACGAGGAUGAUGCAUGGAGUCCGAUGAAAUCGGGCCGUUCUGCCGGCAGAAAACCAGGUCGAGCCCCACCCCUUCCUUCGGAUCAAUACACCCGACAAAAGUACAAUUUAAAGCAAGAUGCCAACGGGAUGUUUCCUUGCAACGUCCAAGGGUGUGACUACAAGAGCAAGAACAAUAAUACCACGCGUCAGCACAUCUAUCGAUUCCAUUUUGGACGCAAUCGCGAUUGGUACCAACGCACCAAAGCCAAGCGUAACCGUGAUGGCACACCCCGUGGGCGUGGAAGACCCAAACGUGACGAGGAGGUGUUUGAUCCCCCACCAAAGCCCGAGCCCAAAGACUCGUCGAGUGGAGCCGAGAACUCGGAUGAUGGGUCCCAAAGCAAGGAGAAUAUCAACUACAACAAAGCCUAUGCACAGAUGAACAAGUGGGAACUCUGUGCUCAUUGUGGCGUGUCUGUUCUCGUGACUGAGAUGAGCAAGCAUUGCUUCAACUACCACGGUGUGAAACUGCCCUUCCAAUGCACGGACUGCGAUGAGAGCUUCACAUCCGAGAUCGUGUUGGAGCGCCAUCGGGAAAAGCACAUCUACAAGCUCUGUCCUUACUGCAAGAUCGUCAUACGAGAUGCCAAGAAAAUGGAAUCGCAUCUGGCCGGAUGCAACAUGAAGAAAUUGCGAGAGAUCAAGCCCCUCAAGAUCAAAAACCGACGCCGACGAAGACCGGGCUAUGAAGAGAUCGAGUUUGAACCCAACAAGGAAGAUCCCACGAAAUGUCCCAAGUGCGAUUAUCGCAAUCCCAAAUUGACCCGUGUCCGCGGACAUUACGUCUCACGACACAUUCGCCAACAGUGCCCGCAUUGCGACAAGAAGCUCCUUUUUGCCAGCAUGGAACGUCAUAUACUCAUGAAUCACCGUCCAGAUCUCCUCAAGUUCGAGUGCAAGGACUGCAACAAGAAGUUCUUCAACGAGCGACUCCUCAAGUUUCACAACGAAGAGAACCACAUCAAGGAGCUCAAAUACAUUUGUGACCAUUGUGCCAUGAGCUUCUACAGCGAGUUCAAGCUCUCCCAUCAUGUAACCAUCAAGCAUCGAACCCCGCAAACCCAUCCGUGUCCAUUUUGUGACAAGACUUAUCGAGAUCGGGAUUCCCGACGUAAGCACUUGCGUCGAUAUCACCCGGAUAAGUGGAGGGAUAAGGAUAAGGAUGAGAUGGCGACCUACAUCAGCAAUAAGUGCUUUGGAGCCACCAUGAACGUUGGUGAUAAAGAAGGAGGUGGUGGAGGCUCCAAUGACGAAGAAUCGGAACUUAUACCUUCGCAUCCCUUAGAGGAGUCCAAAGCCAUGUUGUCUAUCCCUCAGUUGCCCAACCAACAUCAUCAUAAUCCAAAUCUCCAUCCUCAUAUCCCCCAAAUCCCCAUUUCGAUGCCCAACGCGAGUAAUGCCUUAGAGCCAACGGUAUCGCACGCCUCCGCGCAUCCAGGAUUGCUCGAGGCGCAAAUGCAAAUGGAGCGCCUCACUCAGAUGCACAUGGAGGAUCAGCAACAACAGCACCAACAACAACAACAACACCAGCACCAUGAAAAUCAACACCAAUUACACCACCAUCAGCAACAGCAACAACACCAGCAACAAAUGGAAGCGGCUCGCCUCAAUGCCUUCCGACUCAACGAGGCUCUUCGCCUGAAUGAGGUCCACUUAUCUGAGACCGCCCGUUUGAACGCCUUGAGGAUGAAUGAUGCGAUGAACGAGGUCAACCGUCUUGGGGAUCAUCAUUUCAAUAUUCCAAAAGUGGAUUUGGAGUAGACUGAUUGAGCUGGUAGUGGGACUUGAGUAUGGGGCAGGAGGUCAAGUAAAUCCUAGGGCAUAGUGAUUGGCAGCCAAAAGCAAAAGUAUUUCAGGUUGUCUUCUCCAAAAUCAAUAGAAAUGUGAAUAUUUUCAUAAAAGAGAUGCCAUGUCAGCAAAAGAGUGAUUGUCGAACCUGGCAUUUAUACAUUACAUACAUGAGAGUGACAACAUGGCCGCUAAAAGCACCGACAUCAAAUAGGAAAGGUUUUUGAGCAAAACAAAUUGGGCGGGAAGAAACUUACGGGAGUAUGUUUUAGAACACAAAGAAAAUAGAAACUUGGGACUUCUUUGAAAGACAAUCUCACUUCUGAUGAAAUGACUCUCUUCGGCAGGUGUGCUAGUACGAGAGUAUUGUAGGUAGGAAUUAUUUAUAAUACUCUCAGUACAUGUAUCCAUACCACCAGCUCCAUUUUACGAUUAUAAUGUUCAUGUUGCGUGAGCUGCGAUCAUGCUGUUCAAUGUGUAUUCCCCAACUUACAGAAUAUGAUUUAACAGAGCGUUUGGAUUGAGAAUAAAUCCAUCAUUCGCAUUGA